GGAGACUUCUGGAGGUUGGUGAUUGCUCUGCUCUCUCUGGGAAGAAUCCUACCUGAUCCCUCUAAAGGCCUCCUGCAGUGGCCACAGCCAGCCUGAGAUCUCUGCUGUCAGACAAAGUCUAUCCUUCAGCUGUGCUGUUCCUAGAAGUCACCAUGGAGCAUCACUGUGGCCUGAUCACUGGUGACAAUGAGAAAGUACCACUGAAGAGCAUCUCAGUGACCUUGUCCAUCAGUGACUUUGUGGCUGCUGUGGCUGCCACCUUAAAUUAUGAGAAUGAGGAGAAAGUCCCAUUAGAGGCAAUCUUUGUGUUUCCUAUGGAUGAAGACUCUGCUGUCUACAGCUUCGAAGCCUUAGUGGAUGGGAAGAAAAUUGUGGCAGAGUUGCAGGAUAAGACGAAGGCUCAUAGCGAGUAUGAGGAAGCCCUCUCCCAGGGCCACCAAGCAUACUUAUUGGAAGAGGAUGACUAUUCCAGGGAUGUCUUUUCUUGCUAUGUGGGGAACCUGCAGCCUGGAGCUAAGGUCGCUGUUACCCUGAGGUAUGUGCAGGAACUGCCCUUGGAAACAGAUGGGGCCUUGCGCUACCUGCUCCCAGCAAUCUUGAAUCCAAGAUAUCAGCUCACUGAACAGUCAGCGAACAGUUGCUUGAACACACAGAAACCCACAGCUCCUUUGGAGGACCUGCCUUACACACUCAGCAUGGUUGCCACCAUCACUUCCCAGCAUGGUAUUGAGAGGGUCCAGUCCAAUUGCUCCUUGAGCCCUAUUCAGUACCUCACAGAUGACAAGACUUCGGCUCAGGUUUCCUUGACUGAAGGGCACAAGUUUGACCGGGAUGUGGAACUCCUGAUUUACUACAGUGAAGUGCACAGCCCCAGUGUAGCUGUGGAGAUAGGGAUGCAGGACAUGAAGCCAGAUAGCUUGAUGGGAGCUCCUUCUGCAAUGGUGAGUUUCUACCCAGAUAUCCCAGAAGUGGAGGCCUCAAAGGCCUGUGGAGAAUUUGUGUUUCUCAUGGACCGCUCAGGAAGUAUGGAAUGCCCCAUGAGCACAGAGAAGAAUUCUCAGCUACGCAUAGAGGCUGCCAAGGAAACGCUGUUGCUGUUGCUGAAGAGUCUGCCUAUGGGCUGUUAUUUUAAUAUCUAUGGAUUUGGAUCUUCCUUUGAAAAAUUCUUUCCGGAGAGUGUGAAGUACACUCAGGAAACGAUGGAAGAUGCAGUGAAAAGAGUGAAGGGUUUAAAAGCCGAUUUAGGGGGCACUGAAAUCUUGAUGCCCCUCUGCAACAUUUACAAGGCAGCCUCCAUUCCUGGACACCCCCUGCAGCUCUUUGUCUUCACAGAUGGAGAAGUGAGUGACACAUUCAGUGUCAUUAGAGAAGUUAAGUUAAACAGCAAGAAACACAGAUGUUUCUCUUUUGGUAUUGGACAAGGAGCCUCUACCAGUUUAAUCAAAAACAUCGCCCGGGUAUCAGGAGGCACUUCAGAAUUUAUCACAGGCAAGGAGAGGAUGCAGACCAAGGCUCUUGGGUCUCUCAAGUUUGCGCUACAAUAUGCAGUGGAUAACAUCUCUCUGAAUUGGGAUUUGCCUACUGGUGUGUCUGUUAAAAUGCUUUCUCCAGAGCAGCCUGCCAUCUUUAGGGGUCAGAGGUUAAUCGUCUAUGCACAACUGACUGGGAUUCUGCCUCAGGGGGAGAGCACUGGCGCAGUGUGCAUCAAGCACACCCUCCAGGGCAAGAGUCUGGAAAACAAGGUGACAUUUUCCCUACAACCCAAGGCAGAUGCCAAUUUCACCAUUCACCGGCUGGCUGCAAAGUCCUUGAUUCAAACCAAGGAUUUGGGAUCCCAUGAGGCCUCGGAAGAAGAAGAAGAGGAAGUGAUGAACAUCAGCCUUCAGUCUGGAGUCCUCAGCUCUUUCACAGCCUUCAUUGCCAUCAACAAGGAGCUUAACAAGCCAGUGCAGGGGCCUCUGGCCCACAGAAUGAUUCCUAGGGCAGAGUUCUAUUUAAGUGCCUUGGGAUGCCCAAUGCUAAGAACACCAUGUGUACCAUUAUCCAUGGAAUGCUCAAUGCCAGUAAUAGAAUCAUGUACAUUACCUUCCCUGGGAAGCUCAAUUCUGAGAGCAUCGUGUGCACCAGAUCCUGACAUGACAAAUGUAGAGCCCAUCAAAGAGAAGAAAAAGGCAGAUUCUUCUACUGAGAAAAGCAACUUGCAAAAUGAACACAGAGCAUUUGGAGAGAAUGUUGUGCUGCAGAUAAUUUCUCUCCAAAAGGCAAAUGGCUCGUGGGAGCUGAAUGAAGAUCUGACCAAGAUCCUGAGCACUAAGUUGAAAGACAUCAAAGCUGCAAACCCUGACAAGCAUGGGGACCCCUCUGCCUGGGCUACAGUGCUGGCUGUGGCCUGGUUACAUGCCAAUGGCAAGGAGUUAGAGUGUGAGUGGGAGCUUCUGGAAAGGAAGGCUGUGGCCUGGCUUCAGGAUCAUGCAGGUUCUUCCAUCCCAAUGCUUGUGCAAGCUGCCAAUAGUGUCCUGAAAUUAUCAGUGAAUCCUGCUGUCUUUGGCAUCUAAAGAUGUCACCCAUGAAGACAGAGCCUUUCCUGGCUACAACCAUGUCUGUCACUUCUUGGCUAAGAUAGCUUUUGGGUUCGAUCCAUAUACCUUUUCUUUCUUGUCAUAACAAGAACAUACCCACAGCCUUGCUUAUCAUUCCUGGUACCUUGGCACCUGAUUUUCUAUCCCUAUCAUUUCUUUUGUGAGAAAUUAGCAUAGCCUCUCGACAUAUUUUCUUCAUGGAGACUAUUAUUUUAUUCAUAUGCAGAACGACACAUGAAGUUUUCCAGAACAAUUAUUAUACAAUUACAAUAUAAUGGUUGGCAUAGGAUCUAGAGGAAGCAUGCAGCAUUGACUAUGGGCCAUGCUUAAAUUAAUAACCUGUAUUAUUGUUAUGUGCUCUCUUUGCAGAGCCAUGUAGUAUGGUCAACAAUGGCUUUAAACUCAUGGAAUCAGCCUACCAGGUAGCACAGGCAUGACGGGUGCUUCUCAGUUGAGGACACUACAUGUCUUGAGGACCUCAUGCUGUUAUGGAUUUUUGCUCUGCCUGAUGCUUUCACAUGUCUCUUAAUCUAAAGAUUGUAUAAAAACUCGAAGCAGGUUUCUAGACCCUCACUGAGCCGUGUCAUUGGCACUAAGCAAUAAUAAUGUCUGAUAUCUUUCAGGCAUUGUUGCUGGAACAGGUUAAUGAUUCAGUUACUACGCUGGGAAGGAACUUAGAGAUGUGGAUUGUCAGCAAUGUGUGGAGAGCUUUUGGGGCCACUUGGCAGGAAUCUGACAUUG